GAAGUUUUUUACUUGCUUAUGUAACAGUUUAUCGCUUCAACAAGGUCAUUCAGGGACCUAAUCUUCCAUUUUGUGGCUCUGUCAUUCUCCUUGGGCUUUGGAGUGUUCUGCUUUCAACCAGCUGACGGGAGACAAAUGAGAGUGGGCUCCUGUGAAGAGUUUCAUGGGCCAGGUCUGGAAACUUCAGGCCUCAUUUUGCCCAUAUCUUAUUGGCCAGAAUUCAGUCGCAGGGCUUCCUUGAUGCAAAAGAUGCUGGGAAAUGUAGUUUAGCAGGUGCCCCAGAGGAAAAGAGCAACAGCCCUCACCACACUGCAGGAACACCAAAAUCUGGGGGAUGGAUGUAGGAAGAAAGGCCUGCAGACAAGAGUCUCAAAAAAGAAACCCGGAGAAAAAUGACAUUUGGGAGAGAAAAGGAGAAUAAAGUUUGGAAGAGGGCUGGCAAAAGGUGGAGGGCUGGAGUGAGGCAAAAGCGAGCCUAGGAUGAAGCCUCCUUAAAUUCUGUGCCCUGCUUACCUGGCUCCCCUUACCCUAGCCCCAGUCCUGGCAGUCAAGUGCCACAGAGGAAGAAAUGGGAGAACCCCAGGAGGAUGCCAGUAGGUUUGGCAACCAGCGGUCCCUGUGAGUGACUUUAGCAAGAAAGAUUUCCGAUGAAGAAAUGAAGGUCCUGGUGGUACUAGCACAGGAACUUGCAUGAAGUUCCAGUAUUGACUAUUGGCAGUUUCCCAGUUUUCCUGUUUAGAAGCGGAACUCUGAGCUACCUGUGCCCUUAAUGUUCCUCGGGAAGGGGAAGGAAAGGGCAGUAGGUGUUAAGUAGUUGACUUGGUGUCACUUUCAGAAAACUGAAAGUUUUCUCAGUUGAUUCUCAUUUGAGGUGGGUGUUAUUCCAUUUCGUAGCUAAUGAAAUUGAGGCACAGAAAAAGGUAAAAAUUGUUUUGAGAUCAAAAAAGAAUUAGGAUUUGAACCUAACUCUGAGGCCUGUGAUUUUUGAAUUAGGAUUUGAACCUAGCUCUGAGGCCUGUGAUUUUCCCAGGGCAUCGCCCAGAAGGCUUUCUUAACCUCACAAGGGAGCACAUUCUUCAGUUCGCAGCUCACACUCUGGUAGGGCCAGGAGAGGUGGGUGUGGGGAGAGAACAGGGCCUCCAGCUCCCUUCACUGGCUGGAGCCAGACGAGAGAGGACUUUGGGGCUUCCCAGCUGAGAGCCUUCCCUGAGUGAGGGGAGCACACUGAGGUCUGUACAGUCCAAGGGUCCUGGAGGAGGGCAGGAGGGAGGUCCAGAGGAAAGGAGAAGGGCUGGUCUGGCUGCAAGGCCGGCCUCCCCCACUGCAGCCCCACCCCCCACCCUCAGCCUGGUUUCUCGCACUGGACCUCAGCAGCGGACACAGCAGCACAGCAGCCGGACAGCUCCAAGUCACCAUGGACGCUAAAGGCUUGGCACUCCUGCUACCCCCAACCACUCUGGCAGCCCUGGCAGACAGCUGGCUCCAGGAGGACUGCCCAGGCCUCAACUAUGCAGCCUGGGUUGCUGGAGCAGCCCCCUCACAGGCUGUGCUGUGGGCCAAAUCCCCUGGGGUACUUGCGGGGCGCCCUUUCUUUGAUGCCAUCUUUGCCCAACUCAACUGCCAGGUGUCCUGGUUCUUCCCUGAGGGAUCAAAGCUGGUGCCAGUGGCCAAGGUGGCUGAAGUCCGGGGCCCUGCCCACUGCCUGCUGCUGGGGGAACGGGUGGCCCUUAACAUGCUGGCCCGUUGCAGUGGUGUGGCCAGUGCUGCUGCAGCAGCUGUGGAGGCUGCCAAGGGGACCGGCUGGACGGGGCAUGUGGCCGGCACGAGGAAGACUACACCAGGCUUCCGGCUGGUGGAGAAGUAUGGGCUCCUCGUGGGUGGGGCCUCCUCGCACCGCUACAACCUGGGAGGGCUGGUGAUGGUGAAGGACAAUCACGUUUUGGCAGCUGGUGGUGUGGAAAAGGCUGUUCGGGGUGCCCGGCAGGCGGCUGACUUCUCGCUGAAAGUGGAGGUGGAGUGCAGCAGCCUGCAGGAAGCGGUGCAGGCAGCCGAGGCUGGGGCCGACCUCAUCAUGCUGGACAACUUCAGGCCAGAGGAGCUGCAUGUCACAGCUGCUGCGCUGAAGGCCCGGUUCCCAUGUGUGACUGUGGAAGCCAGUGGAGGCAUCACGCUGGGCAACCUCCCUCAGUUCUGUGGGCCCCACAUCGAUGUCAUCUCUUUAGGCAUGCUGACUCAGGCUGCUCCAGCCCUCGAUUUCUCCCUCAAACUGCUUGCUGAAGUGUCCCAUUCACUGCCCUCUCAAAUCCACCAGUCUUAAAGCCAAAGAGGAUAAUACUUAAUGUGGCUUGCUGAGACCCUGGAGGUCACUCCCUUUAGGGUCAGUGGCUAGCAGGGCACACUUGGUGUUAGCUUGGGCUCAACUCCAGCUCUGCCACCUGCUGCUUGUGUGUCCUAGCAGGGUUGACUUCACCUUGGCUCACCUCAGUUUCCUAAUCUGCAAAGUGGGGGUCUAAAAAUGAUUAGCUUCAUGAGACUUGGGGGGUGAUAAUUAACAUGUAGUAAGUGAUCAGUAAAUGCUAAAAAUUAUCAUA